GGGAAAGGCUCACUCACAGAAAAUACCUCACCGACGUCUUUAUCUUCAACAAGACGGAGGACAAGAACAGUGUCCGCAACUGGAGGUCGUGCAUCGAACACUUCUAUCUUUAAGGCUUUAUUCCUGCCUAAUGUGUCAGUUAAAGUUUACUAAGUUACCUCGUUUAGAACAAAACUGUUAUUCCUGCCUAAUUUAUUAUCCAUCGCCAUCGAUCUACUUGAGAGACAUCCUGUCUGAAAGCGAAAGGGAUCUUCUUGAGGUCCAGGGGAAAAGCCACACAGGAACAGGACCAUGUUGAGUAUCAAUCUAUCAAGAUGGAUUUUUGGGUGAGCUCCUCCAAGAACUCUAGUCCAGGUGGAGCUGGAGGAAGCAACGCAGUAGGCAGAUUUAAGCU